GCUCUCUUAUAACAUCUUUGGGUUAAAUCUCAAAUUCAGUUCAAGUCUCUUUGUGGCAUGGAUCAAACACUCUUAUACCUUCCCUUUCUUGUUUUUCUACCCAUUUUUUUCAUUUUUUUAAAGAAAAUCUGCUUUCCACCAUUAAAACAAGGUCGUCUUCCUCCAGGCCCCAGGCCAUGGCCUAUCUUAGGAAACAUUCCUCAUAUUGGGAAAAAACUACAUAUUUCAUUGACAAACAUUGCCAAAGUCCAUGGCCCGUUAAUUUCACUCAGGCUAGGCAAUCAACUUGUCAUCGUUGCCUCUUCAUCCAAGGCAGCUAUUGAAAUUCUGAAAUAUAAUGAUCGUUUGCUUUCUGCUAGAUCUGUACCAAAAGCAGUUCCUCGUAAGAGCCAUGUUCUUGAACGCAUAUCUCUCGUUUGGAAUCCCACAUGCAAUGAACAAUGGAAGUCCUUCAGAGCCUUGUGUAGGACUGAACUUUUCUCUGCCAAAGCAGUUGAAUCACGGGCUUCUUUGAGGGAAAAUAAAAUGACAGAAAUGGUAGAAUAUCUAAGUAGCAAAGAGGGAGAAGAAGUUAAUAUUGGAGAAGUUGUGUUUGCUACGGUUUUUAAUACAAUUUCUAAUCUUCUAUUUUCUAAGGAUCUUAUUAGCUUGCAAAAUCAAGGAUUGAAAAGUUUUUUGUGGAAAAUGAUGGAGUUGGGCGCUGCUCCUAACGUUGCAGAUUUUUAUCCCACAUUUGCAGAGUUAGAUCCUCAGGGUAUUAGAAGAGCAAUCUCAGAGUGUCUUAAAGAAAUGUUUGGCAUAUGGGAAAUUUAUAUCAAGGAAAGAAGGGAAAGACAUGCAAAUGCACAUCAUGUUUCCAGUACAGACUUCUUAGAUGUGUUCCUUUCAAAUGGAUUGGAUGAUGAUCAAAUCAACUGGCUGGUUAUGGAAUUAUUCAGUGCUGGUGUGGACACUACUACCACAACUGUUGAGUGGGCAAUAGCCGAGCUUCUCAAGAACAAACAAGCCAUGAAAACAAUUCAGCAAGAGCUCGAAAGAGAUAUCAAUAGAAACCCAAUUCAAGAAUCUCAAGUUUGUCAACUUCAAUAUUUAAAUGCAUGCGUGAAGGAAACCUUGAGAUUACACCCUCCUGCUCCAUUGAUGAUUCCUCACUGCUCUACCGAGGCCUGUGAACUUAUGAAUUUCGUGGUGCCAAAAAAUACUCGAGUAUUAGUAAAUGUUUGGGCAAUUGGACGUGAUCCCUUUAUUUGGGAAGAUUCAGACCUUUUUAAACCUGAAAGGUUUCUCGACUCUGGUUUAGACUUUAAAAGCCAAAACUUUGACUUCUUACCUUUUGGUUCCGGAAGAAGGAUAUGCCCAGGGCUACCCAUGGCUACAAGGCAACUUCCAUUGAUUUUAGCCUCCUUAAUAUAUUGUUUUGAUUGGUCUCUUCCAAAUGGUGAAGACCCUGCUCUGCUAGACAUGAAUGAUAAGUUUGGUAUAACAUUACAGAAGGAGCAACCUUUGCUCAUUGUUCCUAAAAGAAAACUAUAAAAACUAUUAGUUGCAUGCUUGUGCCUUAUAUUGUAAUUUUCUUAUUAGAUUAUAUUCACUUUUUCUUUUUCAUUA